UUAUGACAAACGUCAGCCAGCAAGUUAAAAACUGGCAAGUUGGCUUUUGCUUGAUUGUGGCCAAAGUAUCGUCUUAUCCGGAGGGAAUUCUGUGGUUGCAGUCAUGAAUUUCAACGCUCAAGCUGGUGCCGAUGGACGGGCCCACCGGUCCGUCUCGAAGAAGCCCAAACGAGUCAGCGAUGUGAAUGCCAUUGGUUCCACCAUUCCGUACCAACAGAUGACAUCACAAAUGCCGACCAACCAGUACAUGCCCGCUGAUCCUAACAAUCUGUACGGACAGCCACAGUAUGCACCGCAACAGUUCCCGAUGGACCAGCAGCAGCAGCAGCCAAACUACUACAUCCCUCAACCACAGCAGCCACAGCCGACCGGUGGCCCAAGGCAACCCGGCCAGCCACCGUCGAUGCCGGGGUUGGGCGGCGGGCAAUUCACCAUGUUCCAGCAGCCCAUCGUCCAGGAUAUGGCCAUGCAGUACGGUCAGAAGCUGGCCGACCAGGGCAAGGAGAUUGUGCACAGCCACAUCGAGAAGUACUUGCCAAUGUCGAAGCUGAAGUACUAUUUCUCGGUCGACAACAGCUACGUGGUGAACAAGCUGAAAAUUAUUUUCUUUCCGUUCUUGCAAAAGGACUGGGGGAUGAAGUACGAUCACGAUAAUCCGGUUCAGCCCCGGUACGACAUCAAUGCACCGGACAUGUAUAUUCCAGCGAUGAGCUACAUAACGUACGUCGUGUUAGCGGGCAUUGCACUGGGCAUGCAGAACAGAUUCUCGUCGGAGCAGCUUGGCAUCCAGGCGUCCAGUGCGCUGGCGUACAGCAUUUUCGAGAUCGUCAUCUACACCCUGACACUGUACAUAGGGAACAUAUCAACGUCGCUGAGCACGUUGGAUCUGCUGGCACUGAGCGGGUACAAGUAUGCGGCGAUCGUGGUAACCGUCGCCGGUACGAUACUGCUCAAACGCACCGGCUACUAUUUGGCACUGUUUUAUUCCUCCGCCAUGUUGGCACUGUUUCUGCUGCGGACGAUGAAGGCAAAGGUACUGUCCGGGCAGGAUCAAACGCAAAGCGCGGUCGGGUACGAUCCGUACGGGCAGCAGCAGCAGCAUCAGCAGCACACCGACCACAACCUAGGACGCAAGCGUAAGCUUUAUUUUCUGCUUCUCGUGACCGGGCUGCAGCCGGUGCUGGCGUUCUGGCUUACCGUGCAUGUGAUUGUGACCGAUACGGUGGUGGCGAGUGCUUAGGCGGUUUGAUAGGCGGGAGGGUUUGCGUAACGAAUGAGAUAAUUCGCCUGUUUAUUGUGGAACAUUUAAUGGAAAAUAAACACCGUAAGUCAAUUUUGUUUUAAUGCGCAACGUACUCCCGUACGGCUGUCAGUGUGCCGUCUUGUAA